AUGGCGACGUCUGGAACAUUUGUGACAGAGGUUCCGUUGAAAGGAGCGGCGGAGAAACACUACAAGAGGUGGAGGAACGAGAAUCAUAUUUUCCCUGACGCUGUUGGUCACCACAUCCAAAGUGUCACCGUUCAUGAUGGCGAAUGGGACUCUCAUGGCGCCAUCAAGAUUUGGAAUUACACACUGGAUGGAAAGCCGGAGGUAUUCAAGGAGAGGAGAGAGAUAGACGAUGAGAAGAAAACGGUGACGUUUAGGGGGCUUGAGGGUCAUGUGAUGGAGCAGCUUAAGGUGUACGAGGCCAACUUCCAAUUCAUUCCCAAAUCUGAGGAUGGCUGCGUCUGCAAAAUCACUUUUAACUGGGAGAAGCACAACGAUGACUUCCCCGAUCCCAGCAACUACAUGAAAUUCAUCAAGAGCUUGGCUGCUGACAUGGAUGACCAUGUCGUCAAAGCUUAA